AUGGCGCUGGCCAAGGAGGAGGCUAGCGAGGAUGACGAUGAGCCACUGGACGUGGCUGAGAGGUGCCAAGAUUUGGCACUGUGCUGUACUGAGUGCCAAGAUAACGGCACUAGCGAGCUGAGCAAGGCGCUAGGGCGUGAUCAAGCAGAGACCAGCCCAGAGGCGCUGUGGCGCGAGAGGCGCGAGACACCAAAAGCUGCAGGCAGAGGUGUGAAGAGAUUGGAGUGCUGGGGCGCUGGUGGACUGGACAGAGGUGCUGUCCAGAGGCAAGCAGGCAGAGGCGAUGCUGAGUGCUGGGCUGUGAGAGGGCUCCAUAGCAGAGGGAGAGAGCCGUUAGGACUCUGGCCACGGAACCAUUUGCAUCCAGGAGCUCCAGACGGGAGCUGCUGUGGAAGAGUUGCGAGUGCCAAACAUCAGUGCCAGAGAUUCUGGCCGGCUAGAAGGGUUAUCCUUUGGAAGAGCACUCACCAGGCGAUAACUCCCGGAUCUGCCAUCGCCUUGGAAUUCUGGGAGACUGUUGUUCAUGAAAAUGCGCCAUUUAUCAGGAACUACAGUCUAUCACACGGCUGGGAAGUAACGAACAACAAUCAGCUUCUGGAACUGCAAGGAUCACAGUCCAAUGCCAGUUAUCGGCUGCUCCAAGCAGGUGACAGUCCCCUCCUGAGCCAGAGCGGAAGAUUUGGCUUGGCUUUCUUUCGAUUCCACAACUCGGCCGAGUUCUACUUUGCUUUGGUUCUUGGCUCCAGCAACAACACGAACUCUGGCGUCUGCGUCUGGGCUGCAAACCGGGACAGUCCUGUGACAGAAAAUGCUACCGUUCGUGUGACCGAUCAGGGAGCUCUGGAAGUUGCCGAUUGGGAUGGGAAGGUUGUAUGGAGUUCUCCUGGUGGAGUAUAA